AUGUCUCCCGCCAUGCAAAACUCAGGCAUAUUUGUUGAUGAGCAGUCGGGCCAUUCAAAAGCUUCGGGUCUGAGGUCUAUUUUCCCGUCAAAGGCCCACAAGAGAAACCACUCAGCUGGUAGUGCCCUAAUAGGGAAUGCCCUGCCAAACAACCAUACGUCCAUGCCCCCUCCUAUGUUGCCUCUGGACCAUCCACAUUCCUACACGCAGUGGCCAUUGUCUGAGGUAUCCCAUAAUGGGCCACCAGCCAACUUGCAUAAGAAAACGAAAAGCUCCGUAUCGUUAAGGUCCCUCAUGAAGGAUUUUACAACACCCAACAAAACACCUUCCCCAGAGAUCAUCGUACGGGAAAAGAAGGCGAAAAAGACAAAGUCGUCCACCAGUUUGUCAGCAAUUUUCAGAAGGUCCCAACGAGGGCGGAGGGAUAAUACUUCCAACAAACAGCAGAAAGAUAAGGAAAACAUGAAUCCACCUCAUUCUCCUACGGUUGAAAUUUCGCCGCUAUAUUCGCAUUUCGGCAGCACGUCCCAGCAGCAGGGUCAGGGAGGAAACCGCUAUCUACCAGAAAGAGGGCGAACCUUGGACGAAGAAAUGUCGCUCUAUACUCCUAGGGGCUACUCGCCAUCAAAGCAAAGGAAUUUCCAUGGCCACCAACUACCAUUUCUAACGAAACGUUCCGAUACAAAACCGAGGCCUAAGUCGGAAUUUGUAUUACCCACCUCUUCAUCCAUGAAAGAUAUGCUAGCUUCCGUACAGCGUUCGGGUGCUUCCAACGAACAGCAGUGGCAGAAAGGAGGUGAUAGCUGGGCUAACCACGUUCGCCGCGGAUCUCCAACAGAGCAUGAACUGAAGAAGCGACAUGAGCCGGGCGGAAAGCGGGGGUCCAGAGUUUUGGCAGCCAUUACAGCAUUAAACGCGAAGGAGAAGGCAAUGGAGCCACCACAAAAGCCCUUAGAUAGUGAUGGAAUCGAAGGGGCAUUCGAAGCGCUUUUGGAUUCUCGGAACAUUCCUCAUAAUAUGCGUGAUAAGAUGCGAUCUUUGGAUACAAGUAUCAAAGCUGAUUUCAUACGGAAGCACCAUCUUGAUGUUAAUCUAUCUACUACAUCAAACUCUAGUCAGGACCAAAACACAUCGAGUGGCUCUGCUAAUGGUGGAAAGGAUUCCAGCGGAAAGGGAUCAAGAUCCCAAUCUCGGACCCGUCCAUUUUCAAUCUCAAGGGCGGACAUACUGUCGCCUAAAAGAAGCAAUGAGAAUAUGACUACUCACAAGCGUCCAAAAUCGGUUGAUUUAUCUCGACCCGGAUCUUCCAAAGGAUUACCUAGUUCCAACUCAAUGACGGGGAUAGCAUCUCAGGCCCAACCAGACCAUACAGCAGAUCCCACUGGCUUUGUUCACUACCUGCGAGAGGUUCAGAAGCCAGAGAUAGUUGAAGUUGGCAAGCUACACAAACUCAGAAUACUUUUGAGAAACGAGACAGUGACAUGGGUUGACGCAUUUAUUUCCCAUGGAGGAAUGAACGAAAUCAUUGAACUUUUGUACCGUAUCCUCAAGGUGGAGUGGCGGGAGGAACACGAAGAUGCCUUGUUGCACGAAACUCUUCUUUGUCUGAAGGCACUUUGCACGACAUCAUUGGCUCUUCGUCAUCUUUCAUCCGUCGAAUCAGUGCUAUUUCCAACUCUUUUGCGUAUGCUCUUCGACGAGGAGAAGAAAGGCCCGAGCGAAUUCACAACUCGGGGUAUUGUUCUUAGUCUGCUUUUUACUCACCUAUCGUCCGCAUCUGCGGAAAAUCUGGUGCCUCGGGCUAAAACAAUUAUGGCAUAUAUGCGCGACCCUACUCCACCAGAAGAAUCCCAGCCAUUGAACUUCAUUGCAAGCAUUUAUCAACCUCGUCCAUAUCGUGUGUGGUGCAAGGAAAUUAGCAAUGUGACUAAGGAGGUAUUUUGGAUAUUCCUUCAUCAGCUCAAUGUCGUUCCCGUCACGGAAGCUACAGAGAUUAAUUCAGAACCCUACUCGAAACGUUAUUUCCCUCCUCCCCGCCCACCAGUUCCAGCUGCCCCUUAUGUUGGUGGUGUGGAAUGGGAUGCCACUAACUAUAUCGCAAAUCAUCUCGAUCUCUUGAAUGGUUUGCUUGCUGCGUUGCCCACUGCAAGUGAGCGCAAUACGUUACGAACUGAACUUCGGGCAUCUGGUUUUGAGAAAGUGAUGGGCACCAGUCUACGCACUUGCAAAGAGAAAUUCUACUCCUCAGUACACGAUUCUUUGAAGCUUUGGGUUGCUGCGGCAGCGGAAGAUGGAUGGGAUUAUAAAUUUGUUCGCGAAGGCCCAGCCCGAGGUGGUCCGGAUUCUACCUCAAGAAGUCCCAUCAAGUCUACCCCGGGCUCUCCGAAAAAGCGGGUUGGGCUAGUGAGCGACGAGCCGCCUAAGUUAGAUCUCGCUGGAGAAAUUGGCCAUGGAGCAAGCGAAACUAGGAGCGGUUGGCUUUGA